AUGUAUUUACCAAUACAAAAUGGUAGUACAGUAAAAUUAGGACAAAUAAAAUUCUAUGAUGGAAUCUUUACUCCACCUUCUCCACCUUCUUCUCAGUCAUCUUCUCAAUCUUCACCUCAAUUAUCACCACAAUCCACCACCACUACUUCUACAUCAAAAUUUUCGCAAAUUUCUAUUCCACCUUACAUUCAUAUUACAAAAAUAUCAUCUCAUUCUUUAUAUUACGAUAAGAAUGCUUGUUAUCGAGCAAGUAUAUUAUUAUAUAAUAAUAAUAGUUCCUUUGAAGAUUAUUUUCCUGUUAAAGAUUUUUUUAUAAGAGUUGAUACCAAAUGUGAUGGAAAUAAAGAAUAUUAUCAUGGUGAUGAAAUUUCUUAUUGUGUAAAUUAUGAUCAAAAAACAAAAUUAUUUCAAUUAAUGGAUAUAUCGAUUAAAGCUGAAAUAGUUUUACAGAGUUUAGAUGAAA